AAGAUGGAGAAGCUCUCCAUAGAAACCUUAGUUCUGGAAGUGGAAGGAGCACUGUUAAGGUCCUCUUCUACGUUUGCAUACUUUAUGCUUGUGGCCAUAGAAGGAGGAGGGUUUCUUAGAGGCUUUCUUCUUCUUCUUUUAUACCCUAUAAUCUGCUUCAUGGGCUAUGAGUUUGGGCUAAGAGUUAUGGUAAUGUUAUGCUUCUUUGGAGUGAAAACAAAUAGCUUUAGGGUUGGGAGAACUGUUCUGCCAAAGUUCUUCUUAGAAGAUAUGGGUUUUGAAGAAUUUGAACUGUUUAGUAAAGCAAAGAGGAGGGUUGGGGUGACCAAGAUGCCAAGGGUGAUGGUGGAGAGCUUUUUGAGGGAUUAUUUGGGAGUCGAGCUUGUGUUUGGGAGAGAGUUGCAGGAGUUUGGUGGCUUUUAUACUGGUUUGACGAAGGACGAUAAUAGAAGAAUGGAGAAGGAGAAUGUGGUAUUUAAGGACUUGGUGUUUGGAAAAGAAAAUAUUAGUGGUGGUGUAAUGGGGCUUUGUAGCUCAUCCACGCAUGGGAGACACCUCGUCUUCUCUCAGUACUGUAAGGAAAUAUACUAUGUAGGAGAAGUUGAGAAGAGGAAUAACAGGAAGCCAGUUCCAAGAGAAAAAUACCCGAAGCCAUUGAUCUUUCAUGAUGGCAGGCUUGCCAUCAGACCAGACCCUGUCAACGCCAUAGCUAUCUUCAUGUGGUUGCCAUUUGGGAUUCUUCUAUCAGUUCUAAGACUCACAAUAGCAGUAACUCUGUUGUUUUAUUGUACAAUUCCUCUUGCAUUUACUGGUAUUAAAUGGAAGGUAAGAGGAGACGCUCCAUCUUCCCAAAAUCUUCAAAACUCCAUCAACCAUCCAAACACAAAAUCAGCUGCAGCUGCAGGCCAACUCUACAUCUGCAACCACAAAACUCUCCUUGAUCCGAACGUCAUCUCCCUAGCCCUCAAUAGAAAAGCAUCAUCAGUAUCGUACGGUCUAAGUCAAUUCUCUGCUAUGAUUUCCCCCAUCAAGAUCAACUGGUUGACAAGAAAUCUAGAAGAGGACAGGAAGAGAAUGGAAAGAAUUUUGAGCCGAGGAGAGGAUUUGGUGGUGUGUGCAGAGGGAACUACUUGCAGAGAGCCAUAUCUAUUGAGGUUCAGUCCCCUCUUUACUGAGCUCACUGAUCAGAUUGUGCCGGUCGCCAUCGACCUUCAUGUUAGCAUGUUCUACGCCACCACUGUCAGCGGCCGCAAGUGGAUGGAUCCUUUUUACUUUCUCAUGAAUCCUUAUACUUGUUAUGAAUUGGAAUUUCUGGAGAAGGUUGAUACAAGCAGAGUUAGAACUAGUGAUUGUAGCAGGUUUGAUAUGGCUAAUCAUGUGCAGAAGCAGAUUGGGAAGGCUUUGGGGUUUGAGUGUACAAUGCUUAGAAGAAAGGACAAGUAUAUGAUGCUUGCAUGAAAUAUAUGGUCUCAAUACACAUAAUAGAAACUCAAAAGGUUCAUAAUUUUAGUAAAGAGUUAGGAGCUCAAUAACAUGCUAGUGGCAAGCUUUGUGAACUUUGUAGCCAUGCAGUGAAACAAUUAUUGAACUUGAAUACUUGAAUGAUGUAUAAAUGUUCAUGUGUUUUAAUAUUUAACAUUCGAAAUGCUAGUUGUUGAUCCCAAGAGGGGCAUUUUAUUAUAGAGUUGUUUACAUUUGACUGGAAGUGAUACUCUCGGAAACAAUGUUAAACAUAAGCCAAAGAAAAACGUUGAUCAUGGACUUGGAUGAACACCAGUUGUCAAAGAAGGCAGGAGGUCCCUCAUGCCACCAAAGAGCAGUUUGCUGUUAUUAAAUACGAUAUUGUGAACAAAACUUCGACUAGUGAGCCAGACUACUUAACCUCCCUCCACCUCUCAGGUAAAAGAGUUGAAAAGAGCCCCUUCUAUGCGUGAGAAACCAAUUGUUGAGGGAGAAGAUAGUGCCCUGCUGUUGUAGAGCCAAGAACUCUUCAGACAUAGCUUCUCGACAUUGUUUGUGUUUGACUGCUUGAUUAUUGGUGUUAUGUAGUUGAGAGGAUUGGGUAGUGGUGAGAACGUCGAAGAUGACCUUGGGACGUUGAAUGCCGAUUUGAAGGCGAGUUUGCAUUGGGUGUUUGGAUGGUGCGGUUGGUAGUGGAGGGGAAGGUGAGGAGGAUUGAGACGGAUGGGGAGAUAAUGAGGUGGAUGGAGAGAUGGUGGAAGACGGAGGAGUGGAGGGUGAUGGAUUUACCAUGGAUGAGAUUACUGGUGAUGGUGAUGGGGAGGAAUUUGAGGAAGAGGUGGUGGGAAGAGUAGAGGUUGGUAUAAGCAUCAGAGGAUUGUGAGUGAUUUCGGUGAAGGUUAUGGAAGAUGUUGAAGUGGGUGAGCUGUAAGGAAAGAUAUGUACAUAAAAGACAACAUGGAGGGAGAUGUGAAUUUUAUGAGUGUGAAGUUUAUAGCACCGGUAUUCUUUGUGGGAUGUGGAAUAUUCUAAGAAGAUGCACUCUUGAGAGCAAGGUGAUAGUUGUUUGUAGUGAGAGGUUGUAGCCAUGAAAAGCAUGGAACAUCCAAAGGUUUUUGAUGAGCAUAUGAGGGUAGAGGGAAGAUGUCCAUGUCAAAGUUGAUAUGGUAUUUAGAGGUUGAGGGCUUUUGUUGGUAAGCGAUUGAUGAGGUAAUUUGAGGUGAGUGCUUCGUCCAAAACAAGUUUGGAAGAUUGGAUGCAUGAAGUAGGCUCGGAUGGUGUCCAAGAGAUGACGGUUCUUGCGUUCUACAAGACCGUUCUGUUUUGGAGUGUAUGGAUAGAUGAGUUGAGUGGUUAUUCUAUGUUGGAGAAGGAAAUGCCGAAAGUUGUUGCUUGUGAAUUCAUCACCUCCAUCGAAACGUAGUGUUAUAAUGGAUGUUUUAAAGAAAGUUAUAAUUAGUUGAUGAAACUGUUCAAAUUUGGAGGGAGUUUUAGCUUUGUUAUGCAUGAGAUACAACCAUUUAAAGUGAGUAUAGUCAUCAAUAAAAACAAUGUAAUAUCGAAAACCAUUUAAAGAAGCUACGGGAGCUUGUUCCCAAAAAGCUGAAUGUAUUAGAUUGAAACGGAUGUUUACAUGACUUGUAGAGGGGGAGAAGGAUAGUUUGUGGCUCUUAGCCACGUUACAUGACUUGCAUGCGAAGGAGGGAGGAGUGCAUACAGAGGGUAUAAUGUGAGCUAAAUCUUGGAUAGUUCGGAGAUAAGGAAGACCGAGCCAAGUGUGCCAGUAAAUGGUGGAGUUAUUUGUUGAAUGUAAUGCUGUUGGAGAGGUGGUGGAGGCUGUGUGGAAGGGAUAAAGAACGUCACAAAAUUGGCCAUGAAGAAAAAUUUGUUUGUCCUUGAGGUCCUAAAUAAGAAAACCAUGAGUAUCAAAGGAUAUGGAACAGUUAUUGUCAGUGGUUAGUUUAUGAAUUGAUAAUAGAUUGUGAGAGAGGGAAUACACAUGAAGAAGAUUAUAGAGGUGUAGCUUAUGGUUGGAAUCGGGCAAGGGAAGAAGACCCUGUCCUAUAUGUUGAAUCAGUAAGGAGCUUCCAUUUGCUAUGGAAACUGAGUCAUUAAAGUGUAAGGAGAUGAGUGUUGAAGACUUGUGACCUCAGAGGUGAGAUGAGAUGUAGCGCUCGAGUCGAGGACCCAUUCUGAUGUGGGUGUGGAGGGAGAAGCAGUCAGGAAUGCCCGGUUGGUUUGGUUGGAUGCAAGCACGUACUACAUAUUGCAGUGAUGCCAACAGUUGAGAGCUAUGUGACCAAUUUUAUAGUAGAUUUGGCAAGUUGGGUGGUUGACAGAGAUGACUGGUGCUCUGUUGUAAUUUGGAUUGCUGGUGUUUAGUUUGAAGGGAGCUCCACGACCCCUUGAGGCUGUUGGAAAUGAGCCAAGACCUCUGGUGAUUGUAUUGUGAUUCGAGAGUAGGGCGGUGUGAUCAAUCUGCAGGGAGGAGUCCUUCUGAAGUUCAUUAUGAAGAUUUAUCUCUUCAUUAAAGAGAAGAGAAUAAAGGACUUCUACGCUUAUAGGCUGUUGGGAUGUCCAAAUGGUUGAUUUGAACGGAUUGUAAGUUGAGGGAAGACUGUUUAGAGUAUAUAGGAUGGCAUCCUCGGUGUCGAUUUGAGACCCGGUGGCUGCGAUAUUGUCGAGGAGGGCUUUGAUCUGACUCAAAUAUUGAGGCAUGAUGGAGUCCCGCAUCUGAAUGUGAUGCAAUUCAUUCUUGAGUUGUAUCACACGGGAUCUAUUUGUAGGUUGCAGCCGGCGUUCAAGAGUGAUCCAGAUCUCUUGUGCAGUAGAUAGGUUUAGAAUGUAAGGCAAAACUGAUGAGGAUAUAGUGGAGAGAAGCGUUGAAACCAGGUUCUGAUAAAUCAGUUGCCAUAGUCAAAGAUUAGUAGAGGGAGGUCCGGAAGUGGAUGAGGAGGGUUUAACGAAGCUUCCUGUGAGAUAGCCCUCGAACCCAUUUGCAGAGAACAACUUAUAGAUCUAAAGAUGCCAAAUCGGAUAGUUGUCAUUGAUAAGUUGGGUUGGAACAAUGGAUUUAAGAUUGAUCAUGAAUAACUUGAGGGGAGGGGGAAUGGUGAAGUCGGCUAUUGAGAUGGAGAGGAAAGAGGAAGGUUGAGCAGGAAAUAUGAAGUCUUGGUCCGGCAUUGGUGGAGGCAAGAUCGGCUGGAGAGCCUACAACUAUGAUACCAUGAGAAGUACCUGCAAAGGUUAUUAAAGCAUAUAGAAGAAGAAGAGUUUUAUAGUGUAAGAGAAUCCUAUCAUUGAUGAAUGCAGAGCUGUUUUUACAAUGCUAUAUAAGUAUGAGACAUAUUGGAAUGUAAUGAGUGAGAGAGGCAGUGAAUUUGAAAUUCAUCAAAAUUUUAUUUAGCAUUUCUUUUUCAUCAAACAAAGCAUUAAAAUUUCUUAAACUCUUACAUUAAAAUGUUUUACACUCACUUUUCAUCAAACCGGACAACCCCAUUAUCCUUCCUAAUUGUAUCACAUAUCCAUCUUACAUUCUCAUUUCCAUCUCUCGACUUCUAUAUCAAUUACUUUUCUACAAUCAACAUUUGAAUUCAUACAUUGUCACCAACAACCUAAUUGUAGUUUUAUAAAAUUUACUUUUAAGCCUUCAUAAUAUUUUCUUAUGACACAAAAUUCUUGAGACACUUGUCCAUUUUAAUUGUACAACCUUUACCAUAAAAAUUUAUAUCCACAUGUAUAAAUUUAUUUUUUGAUAUAAUAGAUCCAAGAUAUUUAAAUAUAUAUAAUUGGGUAUCACCGUCUCUUCUAAUAUUUAUGCCUAAUUAAAUUACAUAUCAUAAGCUCAUCCUUUGUUCUAUUAAUUCGAAUAUAUCUCUCUUCCAAGCAUUUCUCCAAUGUUCUAAUUUUUCAUUAAUUUUAGAGGAUAACUCACAAACUAUAAUUAUAAUAUUUACAAAAAAAAUAUGCCAAGACACCUCACUUUGAAUGUCAUUUGUAAACAACUUCAUAAUUAUUACAAAAAAGAUAUAGAUUAAACUCCUUGAUGUAAAUUUACAUUAAUUAAAAGUUAUUUUAUCGCUUCAAAAUUACUAUUAGUUGGGCUCGAUUAUGAAUAUCAUUAAUAACAUCAAAAUAUCUUUGACGCACACCUUUUUGCUUUAAAAUCUACUAAAUUGAUUUAUGUGAUACUUAAAUCACAUAUUUUUUCGAGAUCAAUAAAAAUUAUAUGAAUAUACUUUGGUUGUAUUAUAUAAUUUUCUAUUACAUAUCUUAAGACAAAUAUUGCUUGCA